CGGAUGCUGGGCCUUGUAGUCCUAUGGAUGCUGCGUUAUCUCCUAGUGCUCCACUCCACGUUUUCUGCCAGUAAAUCACAUGAUGAAUAGAGCACAAGGUGGUUACAGCAGAAGGAUAGAAGGCGGCAAUGUCAAUUUCUGGGCUGAGCCAAGUGACGGACAGCCUCUUCUUGAGCAGUGCAGCAGCGGCAGGCAAGGCAGCGUUACUCAGAAGCCACCAUAUUACAUGUGUUAUUAACCUCUCACUAGAAUGCACAGCCUGCGUCAUCCCUGAUGUGGUGUACCUACAUUUCCCUGUAGCCGACCUACCACAUACCCCCUUAUAUGACUACUUUGAAGCCAUAUCACAUAAGAUUCACGAAGUAGAAGCUGCGGGAGGACGGACGCUGGUACAUUGUGCAGCAGGUGUCAGCAGAUCUCCUACACUAUGUCUAGCUUAUCUAAUGAAGUAUCAUGGACUCAACCUGCUGGCAGCACAUGUUCACCUAAAAAGACUCAGGCCUAUUAUACGCCCUAAUAUUGGGUUCUGGAGACAACUCAUCGCCUAUGAACUGCAUUUAUUUGGGAAGAAUACUGUCCGAAUCAUCGAAUCUCCUAUAGGACCUAUUCCUGACAUUUAUGAGGCUGAAACAAAGAACAUGGUUCCAUUCUGAGGACAAGCAUAGUUCAAUUAAAAUGGCAGAAAUAGAUUAAGUUUUUGUUUUUUUAAUAUUUUUUUCUGCUAAUUUAACAAAUU